AUGCAGAAUCAGACGGAUCGGAAGAUUUGGAGUGCCAUAACAGUGCAAAGACACAAGAUUUGGAGCCCAAAAACAAGCGCGCGUGUGUCUUUUCUGACCGCGAGCGCAGCGGAGAGCAAGAAGCAAGAGCAGUUGCAAGUUGGCUUGGAAGCAGAUGUGUUUUGUCAGCAUGGGUUAGCUUCAGAUGUAGAUUUUGUGCGGGUGUUUCCAACACCUACAAGCAUGGCAUAUGUCGAGGAUGCAGCUGGACGUCGGAAGGUUCGGGCGCUGACAGCAGAGGAGAAAAAGUUAUUGAAAGAUUUGGAUGCUUUGGUGGUGCAAAAAGAUUGGCAUCCGUGUCAGGUAGGAACAGACCAGAAAGCACUCAUGAUGACCAAUAACUGCCAGCUUGUCAGGCGCAUGCGACGCAAAUGGUACCGCAAGCUUGCCGAGAAAUGCAACAUGCAUGAUCGACACAGUGGGGUAGGUGUCGAAGUGCCGCCAGUUUACGUGGAAGUUCCUGCAGAGGAGGAAGCAGCUGGCGAAGCAGAGAGCAGAACCGAGAUCAACCAUGAUGUCGCCGAGAUUUCCGCCACUCUGAAGCGCUUGCGCGUCGGCAUUGUUCCGUUGACUGCAGGGGGCGAGGAGGUAAUGCAGAGGACAGCCGAGAUGGAUGUGAUUUGGAGCGCCUUAGAAGCUUUAACUGUCGAUGGUUGUAUUUUUGCAGGGGAUACCAACAUGCACGCUGAAGAAGGCAUACCGCAGCAGUACCGAGAACAAUGGGAUGAUGCUUGGGAGGUGGACGGUGCUGAUGAAGCUGUCACUAAGGAGCCUGCCGGUGUUGAUGCUGCUGUGAUUUCUCUGUCCGGUAUCAACACCGAUCCUGUAGGAGACGCAUCGUGUUCGGAUGCCGCUGUGACUUUUCUGUCCGGCGUUCAGCAGCAGUCUGGAAGCAAGGUCUCAGAAGAGCGGCGACGCCGUGGCGGAGGAGCUGUGGCGGAGCAGUUGCCGCAAGCAGAAUAUUUGCGCGUGGUGCGUUCUGGCUUAGGAACUAAAGAUGCGAAUUUUGGCACCAAUCUGACGCCGGAAACAGUGCUGCAGCAGAUGUCUUUGGCACAGUUUGUAGGCCGAGUAGAUCGCAGAGGCAAGAAGUUGAGUCUGCGCAAGAAGCAUGCCAUCGUCAAAGAAAAUCCGUAUUUAAAUUUAGACAGUAGGAGACCCAAUGCCGGGGAUAUGGCUCGCUACGCUUUGCGUUUGCACCGGCCUUUUGUAGCAGUGACAGAUGAUCCUGGUUUGUUGUCAGACAAAGAUGCCAUUGAACAGUUUCACACUUUUGUUGAAUCUGCUGUAUGUCCCCUUUGGUUGAAACAACGCUUUCGUCGCCAGAACAAGGUGGAGAAAGCCAAAGGCCGUCGCACGGACGAUGUGGCUUUUCUGCCCGUCUUUCCCGACGCACCCCCAGCUGCAAGCCAAGCAGCAAGCACCGGCGCUGAUGUGGCUUUUCUGCCCGUCGCGUCUGGUGUUGUACCCUCAGCUGGAAGCCAUGCAGCAGACACUGGCGCUGAUGUGGCUUUUCUGCCCGUCGCGCCUGGUGUGGUUGAAUCAUCGGCAGUGUCUGAUGGUGUUGUCGGGCCGGGCAAAAACAUGUCCGCUGCGGUCCCGGAUAACGCAGAUGCAGGAUGUGGGCUUGCCAAAGAAGGGUUGCCGAAGGCCGCGCUACAGCAACUGUGCGCGUGUGGGUUGUCAAUUGGACACGGCACGCGAGCACGUGUGGCACUUUGUCCUGGAGAUGACCUGACAUCACCCGUGAAGGAUGGACAGUGGCGGAAUGAGGAGGAGGAUCUAGAAGACCCACGAGAAAGGCUGGCAAAGCGGGCUCGCUACGUUGCUGCAAAGUCUGUGUUGCCCGGCACACAUGUGAGGACGCUGCGGAGCACGCAGGGAGGUUUGUCCCAUGAAGAAGCCAGCGCACUGGAGGAGGAUCAAGCAGCGGACCAAGGAUUUGGCUUCUCUGACGGUCCCUCCGCUGCAGCAGCUAGUCGGCCGAAGCAGCAGCAAAAGCGCAAUGCCGCAGAAGUGGGCGGCGUCCAGGCAACAUCGCUGAAGUAUCUAGUCAUUGAUUUCCCCGGCUAUGUGGGGCCUUGUAUGGUUGAAGGACACCCAACCUACGUUUGCAUCGGUCCACAGCAGAUUCGCCAUGAGCGGAUGCCAGCAUUGUCCCGGACGCAGUUCCCGGUCGUCCUCAGUUACGGAAUGACAGUGCACAAAAGUCAAGGUCUCACUUUGAAAGAAGGUUGUGUCUUUGACAUGGAACACGAACCCACCUGGCAACCUUUCCGAUGCAUAUGCGGAUUGGCUUUUGUAGGUUUGUCCCGUGUUACAGAUUUCUUGUACAUAGCUUUUCGUCACGUGCCAGAUUAUUGGGUGUUUAGAGCAGUCGCCGACACACCUUUGUUUCACUGGCGGUCCACUUUGGAAAUGCAGGUAGACGCCAAGCACGAUGCCACCAGCAACCGGCAUUUUUUUGGAAAAGCAUCACUUCAGGAUGAGUUCGAUCGUCAUGUCCUUUGGUCGGAGACGACAACAGGGUCUUCCAUGUCGUCUGAAAACAAAAUUGAUUUGAUGCAGAUGCUUUCGGUUCGCGGCGUACUGCCUGCGCCAGGGUACACAGAGAAACCCCAGAGAAUGCCAGCAAGCAAAUUGGGUGGUGGAUGGAACAAGAGACGCACCAUGCGCGGUGCCAAUGUGGUACCUGAUAGCAGUGCAGCAGCUCCACCGGAAGAAGAUGAUCCAAUGUAUGAAGACAUGUUGACUCCGGAACAGAUGGAGCAAAGUCGUCGAGACAAAGAGGAGGCUGCUAUUUAUGCAGAAUUUCUCGCCGAGGAAGCCCGUGAUCCGUACUGUGAUCCGACAUUUGGAAAAACACCUGCAUGA